GUGGGAGUUUUCUCUUUUCCCAUUUCCCCUCUUUCCUGUUCAGAUUUGGCAGUUUUUCUUUUCCCCUUAAAUCCACUUCACCCUGGAGCUCGUUAGGCUAGAAAUGACUUUUUUCAGAAUUAAUUAUAUUAAAAUGAAUAUAAUUAUAUAAAAAUAACAUUAUUUUAAUUAAAUAUUCAUAAUAUAAUUAAUUUCGGAAUCAGCAGUCUCUUGUACUAGAGUUAGGAGUAGGAAAGGACAACGAAAACAGCAAACACUAAUGAACAAUUACCAGGAAGGUUUGUUAGUGAAGGAGCAAAAUUAUAUAUGGACCUAAAUUACAAUAGUCCCAACGUUAGCCAAGUCCAAGUUGACUUUCAUGUACUUUUAUGAAAGAACAGUAAGUUCACCCUACAACUCAGCAAUAACUGGUACACAUGUGUCCUUAUUUUGUUUCAUUAUUUCAAAAAGAAGCUGUGGGAAGGUCUUGACAGGUGAGAAAUCCACAGGUUUGACCCCACAAUUCUUGAUCAACACCAGAAUCUGCUACUUGGUUUCUCAAUUUUUAUCCCAAUUUUGCUUCUGAGUAGCCCUAUGGUGAAUAAUUACCCAUUUUAGACUUUGACUAUGCUGCUAGUUAAUCUCUAGGACAUUCUUUAUCAGCAGUCUAACAAUUAGGCCCUAGGCAAUAAUGUCGGUUCUCUGUGGUUUACCCCCUCUCCUUGAAUGUGUAUACUGUGUAGCAUGUGCCCGCUGGGCAUGGAAGCGGUGCCUCCACAGUGCUGGACAUGACAGCGAAACUUGGAGUGUUGCCACAGCUGAAGAAUUUGAACCUGUCCCUAGGCUCUGCCGAUACAUAUUGGCUGUAUACGAACAUGAUCUUAGACAACCUCAGUGGGAACCACCUGAAGGAUAUGGAAUUAAUCCAGAUUGUUUAAUUGUGAAGAAAAACUAUCCAGAUACCGGUGGUCGAGCACCACCAUAUCUCUUAUAUGUGGAUCAUGAUCAUGCUGACAUAGUUCUUGCAAUUAGAGGUCUUAAUUUGGCGAAGGAAAGUGAUUAUGCAGUCUUGUUGGACAAUAGGCUGGGUAAACGGAAAUUUGAUGGUGGGUAUGUUCACAAUGGCUUAUUAAAAGCAGCUGGAUUGGUGUUAAAUGCAGAAUGUGAGAUCUUGAAGCAGUUGCUGGAGAAACAUCCAAACUAUACCUUGACAAUUACCGGACAUUCACUUGGAUCAGGUGUAGCAGCAUUAUUGACAAUGGUGGUAGCACAAAAUCGUGACAAGCUGGGCAAUAUUGAUAGAAAAAGACUCAGGUGCUUUGCUAUUGCACCAGCUAGAUGUAUGUCACUGAAUCUGGCAGUGAGAUAUGCAGAUGUCAUCAACUCCGUUGUGCUUCAGGAUGAUUUCUUACCACGGACAGCAACUCCCCUGGAAGACAUAUUCAAGUCACUAUUCUGUUUACCAUGCCUCUUAUGCCUGAGGUGCAUGAGAGAUACAUGCAUCUCAGAAGAGAAGAUGCUCAAAGAUCCACGCAGACUUUACGCCCCAGGUCGCCUCUACCACAUCGUUGAGAGGAAACCUUUCAGAUGUGGACGAUUUCCACCUGUUGUGAGGACUGCAGUUCCAGUGGAUGGGAGAUUUGAGCACAUUGUUCUCUCUUGUAAUGCUACUUCUGAUCAUGCAAUAAUCUGGAUAGAGAGAGAAGCAAGAAGGGCCCUGGAAUUGAUGCAAGAGAGAGAUCGUGUUAUGGAAAUUCCAGCAAAGCAAAAGAUGGAGCGACAACAGACAUUAACUAGAGAGCACAAUGAGGAGCAUAAAGCCGCUCUAGAGCGGGCUGUCACCUUGGCUGUUCCACAUGCCUUUUCACCUUCUGAUUACGGAACUUUUGAUGAAGUAGAGGAAGAACUGUCUGAUAAAUCAGUCAGGGAUUCAUCCACAGGUUCAUCAACUAAAUGCAAGACUAAAGAUAACUGGGAUGAACUAAUUGAGCAUCUAUAUGAGAAAGAUGAAUCAGGUCAUGUGAUUUUGAAGAGAUCAAGAUCACAGUGAUAAGCAAUGUUAUUAACUUAAGCAUCAUAUAUGAGUACUUAUAUUGAUAUUUGGAGGAGCACCAUUCUUUGAUUAAACCAUAAUUCUUUUAAUCUCAUUUUGAUGGACACUAAGUGUCUUUUUUUCUUUUGGUGUGUCAGCCAGCUGUGGCUUGUACCAGUAUAUAUAUAUAUAUUUAUAUAUCUGUAGAAACUUUCAGAAUAUUUGCUAAAAUGGAUGUAUUUAUUAGUC